AUGGAAGAAGGAGUGUGUUAUGAAACUGAAGAUGGCGUUCAUGUUAAAGUUUACUUUGAAAAAGGGCAAUUGGUUUCUUUAGUUUACGAAGACUUGGAUUGCACUCAAUACCUUACAAAGACGCUUUUGGUCAAGACUGGCUUCACCAAAUUACAGACAUUUAUUUCAUCUCCAGUUCUUCCCAAAGUGGUUGGAGCAAAUUAUAAACUGACGGCAAGCAAAGAGCAUGGUAUUAAUAGUUACCUUUUAACUGGGUGUGCGCUUGGUAUAUCAGACAAGAGGUAUAUAGUCACUGUUGAUGACAUGAUAGUAACCAUUAACACUUAUAAAGGCCAAGACGAAAAUUGUACUGGAACACACCAGAUAGAGACCAUUCCAUGUUUUAGUAUUAAAAAUAACCGGUAUAUGGACUGCGAGAGAGUAUCUCACAUAAACUGA